CAAGGAUUAGGCAUGUUUUUUUUAAGAUUACGUGAGGUCAAAUGGCACUAAAGGCAGUCAUAAUAUGUGCACUGAUAUUUACAGAAAUCAGCCAAUUCAUUUUAUAAUCUUACAAACAACUGUACACUACACGCACCGGCUACCAAAUGAAGAUCCUACCAUUUAUAUCCUGCCUCCUUCUAGCGUGCUUUGCAGCAGCUAGUGAAAUUGGAACCGUCAUCGUCACAGAAAACUUCUUCAAAGAGGAAUACGUCACCUACACCAGCGAACACGACAUCGUCAAAAUAUACAUUCCCUUCAACAAGUUCAACUUCCAAAAUGAUGGGCCAAAUAUAAUAUUCUUUGUAGAAGCCGAUAUUAAUAACAAUGAACAAAAAUAUAAAGGAUUAUACGUUUUCAAAGAUGGUAAAGCCACUAAAGUACUAGACAAUGGCAGAGACGCCGUAGCUACUAGUGAAAAUGUAAUUUAUUUCGGAGCUAAUGAUGGCAUUUACAAAUAUAAUGAAGCUGAUAAAAGUGCUGCAAAACAUGGCACUGUUACUGACAAUAUUAUUCAAUUAGCGCAUAGCAAUGUGACAAAUACUGUUUACUAUUUAACUGCAAACCAUGAAGUGUUCAAGCUUAAUAAUGAAGCAACUAAUAGUGUUAAAGUAGCACUCGUCAAAGAUGUCCAAGCUUUAGUAUUCGGUUAUGAAGGAAACAUGUAUUACCUUGAUUCUAAUAAGAAUGUGUAUGUAUUUAAUGAUGCAGAUAACACUGAACCUAAGAAAGUAGUAGGUUUACCGUCUCAAAUUGAUAAACUCACGCUAAUUGCACCCCUAAACGGCAUGGAAAAAGGUUCGGUUUUGCUUGUAGAUAAGACAAUAUACGUUGUCAAGCCAGAUGCUACAAUUACUAGAGAACUCAGACCAAAAACUAAAGUCAGCCUGGAAGUAGAACUGACUGCCUUCGGACCGCAACCAACUAUGAUCCAAUUUUACGCUAAAGACAAGAAACUGUAUGAAUUUAAUCUCUUCGUUAUUAUGAAACAGCACAAAGAAUAUUUCGAAGGCUUUUAGCAACUUUCAGUAAUUCUGUACUACUUAAUAUUGCUAAAGUUUGUAGGAAUUUGUUAACAUCUUAAAUUUCUAAUAAUCGCCGUUUAUGCAAAGUCAUAUCAUAUUUAAAGUGACAUCAAUAAGAUUAAAUUCCAUCAGAUAUUCACAAUUUUUGUACAAGCAAAGCGUUUGGACGCAAAAAGAUACAUAGAAGAGACGCUAAUAAAAUAAUAAAAAUAUCAGAGUUACUUGCAGUGCCCACUCGAUUUACAUUUUAAUAAAUUAUUCAAAAUU